AUGGGUAUGAUGCUAGAACAGCCACCAUCUCUCACUAGUGAAAGUCUGACGUCGUCACCCUUAGAGAAUCAAACACAAACAACAUGGUUUCUGUCAACUAUAAUACACAAUGCUGUUGUUGUUGUUUUGGUUGCUGUUGCAAUUUAUAGUAAAGGCAAUAAAUUACAUCCAGCAUUUGUGGUGAAUACUGUUUCAAUUGUGUCAGACUUGGAUCAUGGCAUUGUCAUACAUUCAUUUAAUUAUGUUAAUCACUUUCGUCAGGUACAAUCCGUAACUUUAGACAAAACCGGAAAGAAAUCUUUUGGUCUAAGUAUAGUACGAGGAGAGGCCAGAGAUGGAUCAAACUCGAAAGGUAUUUUUAUUAAAGGUAUAGUGCCCGAUAGUCCCGGACAUUUGUGUGGAAAAAUUAAGGUUGGUGAUCGUUUGUUAACACUGAACGGCAAAGAUGUACGAGACGCCACAGAACCGGAAGUUAUCAAUCUGAUCAAGCAAGCUGGUAGCAAAAUUGACUUAGAACUGCAGACCUACGGAUCGGAACAAAGCAACAAAGAUGGUAAUGAAAUUAAGGAAAAUGGUUUUUCACAAAAUCGCAAUAUGUUUAAUCAAGAUUCGAUUAAACAACCCACCAUGAAACAGCCUGCAAUAAAACCGCAACAAUCUAUGAAACAAGCCCCAGGAAGACCUCCAAAUGUCAAUGCGAUGCUUAAAAAUUCAAAUUUUACUACCACGAGCAGUAAAUCGGAUCAAAACCUUGACGAUGAUGACGAAGAUACACGCGAUAUGACCGGUCGCAUAAGAACGGCUGCUGGUGUUGAGAUUGAUCGCGCCUCUGCAGGCAAUUGUAAGCUUAACAAAAUGGAAAAAGAUCGGGACAAAGAAACGGAAGAUGAGUUUGGCUAUACCAAGGCUAAAAUCAAUAAGCGUUACAACACAAUGAGGGACUUGAAAAAACUUGAAAUUGUUAGACCCACAAACACAGCAUUGGGACUUGCCUUGGCGGGUCAUAGUGAUCGCCAAAAGAUGGGUUGUUUUGUGGCCGGUGUAAAUACGAGCGGCCCCUUGGCCUCGGUGGAUAUAAAGUCUGGCGAUGAGAUUUUAGAAGUGAAUGGUACUGUUUUGAAAAAUCGUUGCCAUUUAAACGCUUCGGUAAUAUUUAAAAAUAUCGAUGGCGAAAGAUUGGUUUUAAUAACAUCCCGCAGAAAACCAAAUGAUGAGGGUAUGAGUGUGAAGCCUAUUAAGAAAUUUCCCCCAGAGAUUGAUGAUACCAAAUUCCUGUUUGAGCAAUAUGCUAAAGCCAGAUCAGUGCAGGUGAAAAAGGAAGGUUUUCUGGGUAUAAUGGUUAUCUAUGGCAAGCAUGUGGAAGUGGGCAAUGGCAUUUUCAUAUCGGAUUUACGCGAAGAAUCUAAUGCAAUGUUGGCUGGCUUAAAAGUUGGUGACAUGUUAUUGGCCGUCAACAAAGAUGUUUGUGUGGAAUCCAACUAUGAUGAGGCGGUGGCUUUGUUGAAACGUGCCGAGGGCAUUGUGAAUUUGGUCGUGUUAACUUUAAAAACCGAAGAGCAAAUAAAGAAAGAAAAAGAGGAGGAAGAAAAGAAAAAAGAAGCGGCAGCUCCCAAAGAACCGGAAAAACCCGUUGACCCAUCAAUUAUUGAAGUGGUGCCAGGUCGUAAGAUUGUUAUAGAAGUAAAAACCGAUAAGAAACCUUUGGGUGUUAUUGUUGUGGGUGGCAAAAACAAUUAUGUCAAGACGGGCUGUAUUAUAACUCACAUUUAUCCUGAGGGUGUUAUAGCUGAAGAUAAACGCCUGAAGAUUUUCGAUCACAUCAUCCAAGUAAAUGGCAAAGAAGUCCAAUGCGAAGCAAUGACUACUUUGAAAGUUCAUCAAUUAUUCUAUACACUAUAUGAGAAAAUUGUAACCAUACAAGUAUACCGCGCCGAUCCUCCCGAAGUGGAGACAUUUAAGGUGGAGUUUGCUAAAAAAGCUGGCAAGGAUUUGGGUCUUUCGUUGGCACCCAAUGAAAAAGGAUGCACAAUUUCAGAAAUUACCUCUGCUGGUUAUGCUGAUAUCGAUAAUAAAUUACAACGCGGUGACAUUAUUACUAAAUUCAAUGGCGACUCACUGGAAGGUUUGACAUUUGAAGUUUGCUACGCCUUGUUUAAGGGAGCUACUGGUAAAAUCUCUUUGGAAAUAACCCGACCCAAACCCACAACACGUACAGAACCACCAAAAUAAAUCAAGAUUUGCAGGACACUUUAAGCUGAAGCUGGAAAAUUGCUAUUGUUUUAAAUUUAAUUUUAAGAUAUUUUCAAAAGUAUGUACUCAAAUAAGAAUAAACAUGACAUGUCUGGGUAGGUAAUUGUUAUAAACUAAAUAUGAUUGAUGAAAUUAAGAAAAUAAAAUAAAAACACAUAAUUUAAUAAA